CUUUCUCUGACAUCAUCAGUGUGCGCCGCUGUGAUGUUCGCUGAUGCAGCACCCGGCAGUAGGCAGUGUUUUUUGCAGUAAAGUAGCAUCAGCAUGUUGGACUCCAGUCCGUCUGAGCUGCUGGCUGCGCUUUGUAUCAGCGAUGGGGAGAGUUUGUUUCCUGUUUGGGAGAAUGGACACGUCGGUAUUUGUUUUAAUGCGCUGGUUUUGGGAGCUCUGCCUCAUGCUGCUUUGGCCGUGGCUAGUGCUGCGUAUCUCAGUGUCCACAGGAUCGGCAGUCUUCAGUCCUCUCCUCCUUGUGGCUGGUCACUUAGACUCCUCUCAUCUGUCCUCCUCUCUCUCCUCUUCACUGUGGACCUCAUUGUAGUGUCCAUUCUACACCAAAAAGACAUGUACCUCUCAAUCCUCACCACCAGUUGUGGGCUUCUGGGCUGGACUAUUCACUCUGGAGCCAUUUUUGUUCUCCAAAAAUCAAUCCACAGAAGAGGCAGAGGACCCAUGCUACUUUUUUUACUUGUGUUGCUGUCCAUUCCAAAUCUAGUUUUUAUAUUAGGACUUAUUGAAUCAGAUCACUAUUCAAACAUGGUCAAGCCCCUAAAAGUGACACAGUUCGCUGUAGCGUCUAGCCGCGCAUUUGUUUUGCUUCUUUAUCUUUUGGCUUAUUUGUUUCCUUGUGUAAGAGAUGCUGGAUAUACUUUAUAUGUGAAUGCAGUGGAUGGAUCACCACUUAUUCCCGAUCAAGAGUUGGACACAGGUGAGAUGGUUGGAGAAGAUGGGAGCUCCUUUUUUUCUUGUCUUUUCUAUUUGUGGCUCAGUCCUUUGCUGCUCAGAGGCAAAAGGGGGGAUUUGAACCGACCUGAUGAUGUAUACCACUUACCUUGGGCUCUCCGAACUAGCGUUAUCUCCCGCCAUUUUCAAAAAAGCUGGGAUCACUGCAGAGGCCAAACUGUCCUGAACCAGGAUAACGAUUGGCCAAGUCCAGUCAGUAGCUCCCAUUCAAUUCAAGACACUGUAGAGUUAGAGGGAGAUGUUUCACUCAUAAAAGUGUUACACAAAGCAUUUGGAUUGAAAUAUUAUUCUCUGGGGUUGAUGAAACUGACGGUGAAUAUUUUGUUAUUUUCUGGACCACUUCUUCUGAGCAGUUUGGUGAAUUUUAUUGAGGAAAAAGAUGCCCCUCUCAGCACUGGGGCCUGGUGUGCUUUUGGACUCUUUGCCUCCACUCUAAUGACAUCGCUAAUCAGGAGUACAUAUGUGUUUCAGAUCUCUAAAGUUUCCCUGUGUGCCCGGGCGGCUCUGAUCUCCUCCAUCUACAGUAAAGCUCUGCGUGUUUGUGGCAGUGGGCUUAGUGGAUUCUCUCUGGGAGAAGUGGUGAACCUCAUGAGCACUGACACAGAUCGCGUUGUCAACUUCUUCAACAGCUUCCAUGAACUCUGGAGCCUACCCUUCCGCUUCACCAUCGCCCUGUACCUCCUCUAUCUGCAGGUGGGUGCGGCAUUCCUCGGUGGCCUCAUGGUGGCGCUGUUACUGGUGCCCUUCAAUAAGUUCUUGGCUUCAAAAAUCAUCAAGAACAAUAAGGAAAUGCUUAAACACAAGGACAGCAGAGUCAAGCUAAUGACAGAGAUCUUGUUUGGGAUCCGUGUGAUAAAGUUUUAUCACUGGGAGCCUCACUUCACAGCACGAGUGUUUGAGAGCAGAGUGAAGGAGCUGUCUCGCCUGAAAGCUCUGAAGUACCUGGACGCUCUGUGUGUGUACACCUGGGCCGCACUGCCUGUGGUUAUCUCCAUCCUCACCUUCGUCACAUACACACUGUUGGGGCAUGCCCUCACUGCUGCUAAAGUCUUCACAACUCUGGCUCUGGUGGGGCAGCUCGUAAUCCCUCUGAAUGCCUUUGCGUGGGUGGUGAACGGGAUCCUGGAGGCGAAAGUGUCUUUGAAUCGAAUCCAGAAAUUCUUUAAACUCAAGAACCAGGACUUGCAAUCAUACUACGCUCUGGUUUGUCCUGAAGAUGACCAGACCUGCAUUCUGUUGAGCCAAGGAACCUUCUCAUGGCAGAGUCCAGACCAGAACCAGGAUGUAAAUCAAGACCAAGGACCUGGGAGACCAGAAAGAGAGGCCAAAGGCAGUCUACUCCUGCAGGGGCUCAACCUCCAUGUAACUCAGGGCUCUCUGGUGGUUGUUGUGGGAAAAGUUGGCUGUGGAAAAAGCUCCUUAUUGGCUGCUCUCACUGGAGAACUCAACAGAUUGAGUGGUGUGGUUUUUGUCACCGGUCAGGACCUGGGAUUUGGCCUAGCCUCUCAAGAGUCCUGGAUCCAGCAUGCGUCAGUCCGGGACAAUAUUCUGUUUGGGAAAGACUACGAUCCAGAGUUUUAUCAGAAGGUUAUCGAGGCUUGUGCUCUCAGCGAUGAUCUCAGUGUUUUGCCGAAUGGCGACAGAACGGAGGUGGGGGAGAAUGGAGUGACUCUGAGUGGAGGACAGAAAGCCCGACUCGCUUUAGCCCGAGCUGUUUACAUGGACAAACCUAUCUACCUCCUGGACGACCCUCUGGCUGCCGUGGACACUGAUGUGGCAGAACACCUGAUGAAGAGGUGCAUUAUGGAUCUUCUGAAAGAAAAGACCAGGAUCCUCUGCACUCACCGUAUCGAGUUUGUCGAUAAAGCCAAUCUGGUCAUCCUGAUGGAGAAUGGGAAAAUCAUAAAAACAGGGUCUCCAGCUGAAAUAAUUCCUUUGGUGGAAGUUGCACCAAAGACUCAGAAAAAUAAGGACAACAAGAAUGAAAAUGAGGAUGGAGGUCCAGAGGAAGAGGGGUCAAUAUUGCUCCUUUCUGUACCCAAGGACAAUGACUCUUCUGGGGAAGAACAGAAGGCGAUAGGGAGACUUGCCUGGAGAGUAUACCGGUCGUACGGGAGGUCGGUGGGGGCAACACUGGCCUCCUCCGUGCUUCUGUUUCUGCUCCUCAUGCAAGCCUCUAAAAAUGUGUCCGACUGGUGGUUGUCCUACUGGAUCUCACAGCUCAGAAACAAUGGUUCCCACAGUUUUGAUGGUUCUUCCCCAGGGAGCCCUCUCUCUCCUCACCUACUGCUCUUCUCCCACCACCAACUUGUGUCUCCUUUGUCAUCAGUUCACUCACUGAAUAACAUGAGCACUGAUGUGAAGUUUUACCUCACUGUUUAUGGGGGAAUUGCUGUGAGUAACACAGUCUUCACUGCACUGAGGGCUUUUCUCUUUGCCUACGGAACCAUCUGUGCCGCAACCACCAUCCACAACAGGCUCCUGGAUAGAGUGCUGAAGGCGACGGUGAGUUUCUUUGACACCACUCCUCUCGGUCGCAUAUUGAACCGCUUCUCCUCGGACAUCUACACCAUCGACGACAGCCUUCCCUUUGUCCUCAACAUACUUCUAGCCAAUGUGUUCGGGCUGAUGGGAAUCCUGGUCGUGAUGAGCUAUGGGCUGCCCUGGGUCAUAGUGCUGCUGGUUCCUCUGGCUCUAGUCUACUACAAACUGCAGUCCUUUUAUAGACACACAUCAAGGGAGCUCAAACGCCUCUAUAGCAUUACCCUCUCCCCCCUUUACUCGCACUUCUCAGAAACAAUCACCGGACUGGCAACAAUAAGGGCGACUCGCAGCACAGCCAGGUUUAAGGAGGAGAAUGCAAAGCACCUGGAGCAGAACCAACGCUGCCUGUUCGUCUCCAACGCAGCGAAGCAAUGGCUCUAUGUUCGACUGCAGUUCAUGGGUGUUGCUGUGGUGACGGCACUCGCGGUCAUCGCUGUGGUGCAACAUCAGUUCAAGUCCGUUGACCCUGGUUUGGUGGGGUUGGCCCUAUCCUAUGCCCUCUCUAUCACGCUGCUCUUGGCUGAACUCAUCUCGAACUUCACUCAGAUGGAGAUGCAGAUGGUGAGUGUGGAGCGGACGGAGGAGUACAGCACAGACCUGCCCACGGAGCCCCAGGACCACACCUCAGACCUGCCUCCCAGUUGGCCUGAGCAGGGCUGGGUGGAGUUUCGGUCGGUGGUGCUGUGUUACAGGGAGGGGCUUCCCAAUGCUCUGGAGGGGGUCAGUGUGGUUGUGCGCCCUGGGGAGAAGGUGGGCAUUGUUGGCAGGACGGGAUCAGGCAAGUCUUCUCUGUUCCUGGCUCUAUUUAGGAUGGUGGAACUGACCCAGGGGCAGAUACUACUGGAUGGAAUAGACAUCAGCACUGUCGGAGUUCAUCAACUCAGGUCAAGGCUGGCCAUCAUCCCUCAGGACCCAUUUCUGUUCAGUGGGUCUGUGAGGCAGAACUUGGACCCCUGUGAGAGGCACUCAGAACAGCAGCUACAAGAUGUCCUGGAGCAGUGCCACCUUAGCAACACUGUGCACAGAAUGGGAGGUCUGGAUGCAGAGGUGGGAGAAAGAGGGAAGUCCUUCUCGGUGGGACAGAGGCAGCUUCUGUGUUUGGCCAGAGCUCUCCUUACUCAGGCCAAGGUGCUGUGCAUAGAUGAAGCUACAGCCAGCGUGGACCAGAAAACAGACAAACUCCUGCAGCAGACGAUUAGAGAGACUUUCAGAGACAAAACUGUACUCACCAUCGCUCACAGGAUAAACACAAUUUUGGACUGUGACCGUGUGCUGGUGAUGGGUGGAGGGCAGGUGCUGGAGUUUGAUUCUCCUGAAGUUCUUUGUCAAAAUGAAAGCUCAGUGUUUCACAGACUGGUGAUGAAAGGAGCUGGUCAGGAAGAUGACUAAAAUCUGAAUGUAUUUUUUACUUUUGUUUAUUUGAAGGACUGACAAGAAUUAAGGGAAAAUUGUGAAAAGCUAAUAAAUGUUCACACUGACACUUUUGUUCAGGACCACUGUUGCUGUUUUUUGUGCUAACUUGUUUUUGCUAGGCAGAAGUUACAUGCUGUCAGGACAUGUAAUCAUUGUGUUUUAUUUUUAUGUUUUCUUCUUCAUGAUUAAUUUCUGUAAAUGCUUACUAAAUGCACAUGAAACCCCAACCUAAAUAUAUGUGCAUAAAAUCCAAAACUACCAGCAUUUUUCUAAUUAGAUAAUGUUAAUGUCAAGCUCUGGCUACAUUUAUUUUAAAAUUUAUAAACUUUCGAUGACGUUUUAAUGGAAUUUAGAAAGCUGGGAUCACAAACAUGGUGAGAGAAAUAUUGUAUAAUAAUUGCUUAAAAUAUGGUUUAAUUAUGAAUUAAACAGAAAGAACAGAAUAUCAAACAAAAGGAGUUAUUAUGUAAGUGUUUUGAUAAAUGACACAUUAGCAGCAAUCAUACCAAUAAUGACUUGUGUGUUAUGCAAUAGUUUUGCUUAUAGCGCAACUAUGUCUACACAAACUACUGUGCACUAUACACAUCGCAUCUUAUUUUUCUCUGCUGAUUCUGCUGUUUAUCUGUUUAUUUUUAGAAAUGAAUUCUUAUACUUGAAUAUUUUUUGGUUUGUUACAAUUCUUUUCUGUCAGACAAUAAUUUUGUAAAAUCUUGACACGAGAAUCAACAGGGUCUGGCCCCUUUGAAGACUGUCAAUAAACUACAUUAUUUUGUACCA